CGAUCGCGUAUCUUUUCCCCUAGGGCGGAAUGGUGAAAAGUGAACAUUUUCGAGUGAACUCGGCUAUUUUGCGAUCGUGUAAUUUUCAGUGGCACGGAAAUGUGAACAUUUUCAUGUGAACUUUUUCGGCAGCAUCCUAGAUUGUGGAAAUGUGAAAUAUCAGUGAAUUUCAGAAGUCACUAACAUUUAUUUGCUCGAAAUGGCUGCCGCAUUGUUUGUUUUGAUUGCAGCAAACGAAGAAAGGAGAAAAUUGCAACUUAUACGUAAAAAUUUACGUGAUUUAUCAGAUCCGUUUACAAUACAAGAGUCGCAAUUUCGUCAUCUGUACAGAUUGUCAAAAGAUGCGGUGAGGGAGCUUUGCAUUCAAUUACGGCCAUAUAUUCAGCAAGAAGUAAAAUCAACAGCAAUACCAUUUCAAUUAAAAGUUUUAGCAUCAUUAAGCUUCAUGGCUUCAGGCUCAUAUCAAAGGAGAAUUGGCCAAGACUUUUUAUCAUGUAUGUGCCAAUCCUCCAUGAGUAAAGUUCUGCAUCAAGUAGUCGAAGGGUUGAACCAAAUUAUGGGAGAAUGGAUUAAAUUUCCUACGCAGCCACAUGAAAUUCAGCAUAUUAAAGAACAAUUUUGGAACAAUUGCCAAUUUCCUGGAGUAAUAGGUGCCGUCGAUGGGGUCCAUAUAGCGAUAUGGCCACCGGAAACGAUGAGAGAGCAUUUAUAUAUAAAUAGAAAGCUUUACCAUUCUUUGAAUGUGAUGCUUAUUUGUGAUUACAAUCUACGGAUUUUGGCAGUUAAUGCAGGCCAUGGAGGUCGCACUCACGAUUCCAGAGUUUGGAAUGCUUCUGAAGUGUCUAUUCAUCUGGAAGAAGAACAAAGGAAUGGCAGGACGGGUACAUGGCUGUUAGGUGAUUCCGGGUAUCCUUUGUUGCCGUAUUUAAUGAUUCCUAAGCUAAAUCAAAUACCAGGAUCGCCAUCUGCAGCGUACACUAAUGCACAUGUAAAGGCCCGAUGUUCAGUUGAACGGUGCAUAGGCGUUUUGAAGGGACGUUGGAGAUGUUUGCGAAAGGAACGGGCGCUUCAUUAUAAACCAGAAUUUGCAGCACUGAUUGUUAAUGCUGGAUGUGUUCUACACAAUGUCGCAAAAUGGUACAACAUCCCAGAUCCAGAGCCGUAUUUUGACGACAUUGAUCAUGAAGUUGAUGAUGCCAAUGGAAUUAAUGCCAUGGAUGUGCCAAAUCGCCGUACAGGAAAUGAAGAACGAGAGAAUAUAAUACGGCGCUUUUUUACGUAGUUUACGUUUUGUGUAUAAAUAUACAUAUUUAGUUUCAUAAAUGAAUCGUCUUAAAAAAAGUGUAUUACAUUUCAUUUACUCUUCGUAUGAAUAUGUCCAUAGUCUCGGUUAUUCAGUAGGAAUUAUAUAGUAAUUUUAUGGUGUAAUAAAACGAAUUCAUAUAUUAA